AUGGAGGGAGGAGAGAUAUGGAGACGAUCAGAGCCGAGGGAAUUAGGGGAGGUGGAAGAAGCGACGGCGUGGGAUGUGGCGGGUGGCAGAGGAGAUGGCGAUGAUGGUGGAUACGACGGUGCGGAAGGAGAUGCGGCGGAGGCGAGAGGAAGGAGAAGGAAAGUGCGAGUCAAAGGGACGUGGUCAUCGAAGGAGGACGAUGUGCUGAGUGAGCUCGUUGAUAAGUUUGGGCCGAGGAAUUGGAGUUUGAUCGCAGGGAGUAUUCCUGGCCGAUCGGGGAAGUCGUGUCGUCUCCGGUGGUGUAAUCAGCUCGAUCCAUCCGUUAAACGCAAUUCGUUCACUGCGGUAGAGGAUCAAGCUAUCAUCACAGCGCAUGCCAUCCACGGAAACAAAUGGGCUGCGAUCGCGAAGCUCCUCCCGGGAAGAACAGAUAAUGCUAUCAAGAACCACUGGAACUCCACUCUGAGACGUCGAAACAUGGACACUGAAAAGGCGACAGAUAAUAAUGUAGGAACUGGAGGCGGCUUAGCCAUGGAGGAUUCUGGAAUUGACAGAACGACUGCGGUAGCUUCAUCGGAAGAUACUUUAUCUUCCGGCGGUGGUGGCAAUGCAACUACUCCUCUUGUAUCAUCAUCAGAAGGAAAAGAAGAUACCUCCAUGGAAAUGUCUGAAGAACAAUGUGUAGACAAAACAGACGGAGAAGGAGUUUCUACGCAAGAAGUUAACGAUCCUCCUCCGACGCUUUUCCGUCCAGAAGCCCGGCUCUGUUCUUUUAACGUUUACAAUCACGUGGAAGGGUCUUCCACUCCACAAACGCAAGACCAAAACCAGUCCCAAUUAUCUAAAAAGGACACAGCAAUGCUAAGAUUGCUUGAGGGAGCUUACAGUGAACGGUUUGUGCCUCAGAAAUGUGGACGUAGUUGUUGCAGCAACAACUCCGUUGGCGAAAAAUCUUUGUUGGGUCCAGAGUUUGUGGAUUACUUAGACCCACCAACGAUUCCGAGCUACGAACUAGCCGCUAUAGCAACGGAUAUAAGCAGCCUUGCUUGGCUGAGAAGCGGUUUAGAGAGCAGUAACGUUAAGGCGAUGGACGAAGCAGCUGGGAGGUUAAGGCCUCAAGGCACAAGGGGACAUCGAAAUCAUUAUCUUGCAGCUGAACAAGGAAAGAACAUAAGCAAUGUUCUCUCCACAUAA